ACAUGGUGUACAUGUGAUAAAUAACACUUCCCGGACACUAAACAAGGAUUGCAUGAAUGGCCUUACUUGUUCCUUUGUGAUCCAUUCAAAAUGAUGCAGCAGCGUUUAAACGGGUUGAAAAGCCGCAGUGAUGAAUCAAGGCUUCAAGCGGCCAAAGAUCUGCAGCAUUAUGUGUCUACAGAACUCCGCGAAGCUUCUGCCGAGCAGUACACGAGUUUUAUGGACGAACUUAAUCAUCACAUUUUCGAAAUGGUGUCGAGUUCUGAUGCGAAUGAAAAGAAAGGAGGAAUUAUGGCAAUUGUGGCUCUUAUUGGCAUCGACAAUGGGAAUACCACAAAAAUGAGCAGGUUUGCCAAUUACUUGAGAAACCUGUUACCGUCAAAUGAUCAAGUUGUGAUGCAGAUGGCUUCCAAGGCUAUGGGAAGAUUAGCUCUUACAGGAGGGACGUUUACUGCUGACUAUGUGGAGUUCGAGGUGAAGAGAGCGUUAGAGUGGCUUGGAGGUGACAGAAAUGAAGGUCGUCGACAUGCUGCUGUGUUGGUCUUGAAGGAACUGGCACUGAAUGCUCCAACAUUCUUCUUUCAACAAAUUCAGCCUUUUUUUGAGAAUAUUUCAAAUGCUGUACGAGACCCAAAGCAAGCAAUCCGUGAGGGUGCAGUGGAAGCCUUGCAAGCCUGUCUUGUUAUUUUGGCUCAGAGAGAAACAAAGGAAAUUCAGCAACGCCCCAUCUGGUACACUCAAAUCUAUUCUGAGGCAAAGAGAGGGUUUGAGGACACUCUUAACACCAAAGAAAAGGGUGUUGUUCUCACAAAAGAUGACAAAGCUCAUGGAUCUCUGCUUAUAAUGAAUGAACUGAUAAGAAGUGCAAGCAUUGAAGGAGAGAGAGCCAAACAGGAAUUAGAAGAAAUCUACUGUGAUCAAACCCAAACUCAAUUUAGUCUGGAUGAUCUAGGCAUUAAUUCUCCCAAGAGUAAGUUUGCUCUGCAGACUGGGUACCAACAUCAGAGAUCAUUGGCUUUACUUGGAGGGGGAGGGAUGGCGGAAACUAUCUGUCAUAGUAAAGUUUGUAAAGAUUUCAUGGAUGACCACUUUGAAGAGGUGUGCAAACUGGUUCUAAGAUACAAAACAACACGGAACAGCUCCAUCCAACAGAUGCUAUUGACCAUUCUGCCCAGACUUGCUGCAUUUCAACCAAAACGAUUUGUUAAAAGAUACCUCAGAGAGACUAUGGACUACUUAAGUGUUGCUCUUAGAAGAGAAAGAGAGCGGUCUUCAGCUUUCAAAGCAAUUGGAUUGAUAGCCAUUGCUGUACGACAAGAUGUUGAGAAGCACAGGGGACCUGUGUUUGAGCAAGUCAAAGUUCUUCUUCCAAUGAAGGAUCUUGGGCAUAAGCGUCAAAAAGCAGUGACUGUUGAUCCAAUGGUGUUUGCCUGUGUUGCAAUGAUGUCAAGAGCCAUCGGACCAAAGAUCUCAAAAGAAGUUAAAGACCUUUUAGAGCCAAUGUUAUCUGUUGGGCUGAGCCCAGCCCUUACAGCAUGUUUACAUGACUUAGCACACCAGGUACCACAACUAAAGAAAAGUAUUCAAGAUGGUCUCCUCAAAAUGCUCUCUACUAUCUUGAUGAACAAGCCUCCACGACAUCCUGGAGCACCGAGAAAUGCCACACCCACUUUAACUCCUUCAGCCUCAUCUCAUUCACUGUUUGACACUCUGGAUGUGACCAGCACUGUCUUGGCUUUAAGGACCUUGGGUACCUUUGAUUUUGAUGGACAUCUGCUGGCUCAUGGAAAUCUUGUUCGUCAUUGUGCUGAUACCUUUCUGGCAAGUGAGCAUAAGGAUAUCCGCAUAGAAGCUGUCAGAACUUGCUCUAGGCUCUUGUCACCAUCUCUCCAUCCUAUGGUUGUACCACAUGCUCCUCUUCAUCAUGCCAACAUCAGUGCCAGCUCAACACAAGUUGUGUCUGAGGUGUUGUCUAAGAUGUUGAUGGUGGGAAUAACUGAUCCAGACCCAGACAUUCGUUUUUGUGUGUUGUCAUCCUUGGAUGAGAGAUUUGAUGCGCACCUAGCCCAGGCAGAGAACUUAUCAGCUUUGUUUGUGGCUCUUAAUGAUGAGGAGUUUGAAAUUCGUGAACAUGCCAUCUGUACAAUUGGAAGGCUUAGCAGUUUGAAUCCAGCUUAUAUCAUGCCAUCACUGAGGAAAACUCUUAUUCAGAUAUUGACUGAGCUAGAAUACAGUGGAGUGGGACGCAACAAGGAACAGAGUGCUCGUAUGCUGGGUCAUUUAGUAUCCAAUGCACCAAGACUAAUUAGGCCUUAUAUGGAACCAAUCCUCAAGGCGCUGAUUCCAAAGCUAAAAGACCAAGAUCCCAAUGUAGUUAUAAGUGUAUUGGCUGCCAUCGGAGAACAUGCUCAGGUCAGUGGAACAGAGAUGAGCAAGUGGCUGAAUGAGCUUUGUCCCAUAAUUCUUGAUAUGCUGCAGGAUGCUUCACUGAACAACAAAAGAGAGAUUGCUCUGUGGACUCUUGGUCAGCUUGUGGAGAGUACUGGAUAUGUAGUAGAACCCUACAGGAAGUACCCUAACCUUUUAGAGGUCUUGUUGAACUUCCUCAAAACAGAACAGGCCAUUGGAAUAAGGCGAGAGGCCAUCCGAGUGCUUGGACUUUUAGGAGCUCUUGAUCCUUAUAAACAUAAACUAAAUCAGACUGGAGGGCUCCUAGUGGGUGGAAACUCUGCCAAAGACUCGACAGAUAACGAAGCAGCUGAUACUAGCACAAGUGAAAUGUUAGUUACCAUGGGCAGCAUUCAGCUAGAGGAGUUCUACCCUGCAGUGGCUGUGUCUGCUCUCAUGAGAAUCGUCAGGGACUCAUCACUGUCCAGUCACCAUACUAUGGUGAUUCAGGCUGUGACAUUUAUUUUUAAGAGUCUUGGAAUGAAGUGUGUGACCUACCUCUCUCAGAUUAUGCCAUCAUUUCUGAAUGUCAUUAGAACUUGUGAUUCAUCAUUUAGAGAGUUUGUACUUCAGCAACUAGGAGUGCUGAUAUCAAUUGUCAAGCAACAUAUCAGAAACUACUUGGAUGAAAUAUUUGGUCUGAUCAAGCAAUACUGGAUCCUUAACAGUCCAAUGCAGACGACCAUUAUACUGUUAGUAGAACAGAUAGUUACAGCCCUAGGAGGAGAAUUCAAGAUCUACUUGCCGCAGAUUAUUCCUCAGAUACUCAAAGUGUUUAUGCAUGACAACAGCUCUCAAAGGAGUGUCACAACAAAGCUAUUGAAUGCACUUCAGAUGUUUGGUUCCAGCCUCGAUGACUACCUCCAUCUUCUUGUUCCACCAGUUGUCAAACUGUUUGAUUCGUCUGACAUCCCGCUUGUCGUCAGAAGAUGUGCUUUAGAGACUUUGGACCGUCUCAGUGAGUCUCUGGAUCUCACAGACUUUGCAUCACGAAUCAUUCAUCCAAUAAUGAGGACAUUAGACUCAUGCCCAGACCUACGCCAUACAGCUAUGGAUACUUUGUGUUCUCUGGUGUUCCAGUUAGGGAAACAAUAUUCUACAUUCAUUCCCACUGUUCAUAAGGUAAUUGUGAGACAUCGGAUCCAGCACCAACGUUAUGACAUUCUGAUCACUAAAAUUGUGAAGAGCCCUUUUCUGUUGGAUUGGGAGAACGAAGUAUUGUCUCGCCGCCAAAAGGCUGGUAGAGGAAACUUGGCAGAUGACUCCGCUACCAAUGCAGCCAUUGAAGCUGCGAGCAUCAAGAAGCUGACAUUUAAGGCGGACAGUCUUCAAAGGGCGUGGGGGGCAUCAAGGUGCGUGUCAAAGGAUGAUUGGAUGGAAUGGUUGAGAAGACUGAGUGUGGAACUUCUAAAAGAAUCACCUUCACCCGCAUUACGGUCAUGUUGGGCUACAGCACAGACUUACCCCCCUCUUGCAAGGGACCUGUUCAAUGUUGCGUUCGUAUCUUGUUGGUCAGAGCUACACGAAGAACUUCAGAAUGAAUUAGUGAAACACUUGGAGAUGGCCUUGGGAAGUCAAAUCCCAGAAAUCACUCAGACCUUGCUUAAUUUGGCAGAAUUUAUGGAGCACACGGAAAAGGGCGCACUGCCUUUAAACAAUGAUCUGUUAGGUGAACAGGCCUCGAAAUGUCGAGCUUAUGCAAAAGCGCUGCAUUACAAAGAAGAGGAAUUUCACAGAGGACCAACCACUGAGACACUGGAGGCUCUGAUCAGCAUAAACAACAAACUGCAGCAACCACAGGCAGCCCAUGGUGUUUUGGUUUAUGCUAUGAAGAAUCACGGAGCAGAUGUGAAAAUUAAGGAGCGCUGGUACGAAAAACUCCAUGACUGGGAGCAAGCGUUGGAAGCUUACAACAAGAAAUUGAUUCAAAAUCCUGAUGAAAUCAACCUCUCCUUGGGACGGAUGAGAUGCCUCGAAGCAUUGGGCGAAUGGGGGGAGCUUCAUCAGGUAGCUGUUGAAAAGUGGCCGGUGGUAAGUGAUGACAUCAGACAACAGAUGGCUAGAAUGGCAGCCGCAGCAGCCUGGGGACUGGGUAACUGGGACAGUAUGGAGGAAUAUACCUGUAUGAUACCCCGUGAGACACAAGAAGGAGCUUUCUACAGAGCAGCUCUUGCUCUUCAUCAAAACCAUUUCCAACAAGCACAAGGAUGUAUUGACUCAGCACGUGAUGUGUUAGACACGGAGUUAACAGCCCGAGCUGGCGAGAGCUACAACCGAGCUUAUGGGGCUAUGGUGAGUGUACAGAUGUUAUCAGAGCUUGAAGAAAUUAUCCAGUUUAAGUUAGUCCCAGAGAGGAGAGAAGCCAUUAAAAGAACUUGGUGGAACAGGCUGCAGGGAUGCCAGCGAGUAGUAGAAGACUGGCAAAAGAUUCUAAAAGUUCGCUCCCUAGUCCUCUCCCCACAGGAGGACAUGAAAUCAUGGCUGAAGUACUCUAGUUUAUGCCGAAAGAGCGGCCGACUUGCGCUUAGUCACAAGACUCUGGUCAUGCUGCUUGGAACAGAUCCAUCGAAACAAGUUGACCAACCUUUACCAACCACCUACCCACAAGUCACGUUUGCUUACAUGAAGCACAUGUGGAGAGAAAAUAAACAGGAUGACGCUUUCAAACAUCUUCAGUAUUUUGUGCAAAACACGCUGCACCAGCAGGCGUUGUCGUCUCUGUCACCCACUGAUGAUGGACAGAAGAGAGAGGAGCUCCUCAAACUUGUUGCCAGGUGUUACCUGAAGCUUGGUGACUGGCAAACAGCUCUUGAGGGAUACAGCGAGAAAUCUAUUCCUCAAAUACUUCAGUAUUAUGCUGCAGCUACAGAAAAUGACAGAAACUGCUACAAGGCAUGGCACGCGUGGGCUUACAUGAACUUUGAAACAGUGUUGUACUACAAAAGUCAACAGUCAGGAACUGAUGGCCCUAAUAAUGGAAACGCUUCCAAAAAUCCUCCGCCGAUGUCGACCUCAUCUGUAGCUAACCCAGUGAUCACAUACGCGGUGCCUGCAGUGAACGGUUUCUUUAAGUCAAUUGCUCUGUCCAGCGGCAAUUCCCUUCAAGAUACCCUCAGAUUGUUGACACUGUGGUUUGAUUAUGGUCACUGGCCUGAGGUUUACGAAGCUCUCGUGGAGGGAAUUAAAACAAUUCAGAUUGACACAUGGCUUCAGGUCAUUCCGCAACUGAUCGCCAGGAUUGAUACUCCUCGCCAACUUGUUGGACGACUUAUUCAUCAGCUGCUCACAGAUAUUGGAAAACAUCAUCCACAGGCUUUGAUCUAUCCACUUACUGUAGCCUCCAAAUCAGCAAGCAGUGCCCGUCACGACGCAGCCAAUCAGAUUCUAAAUAACAUGUGUGAACAUAGCCAACAGCUCGUACAACAAGCAGUUAUGGUAAGUGACGAGCUUAUCCGAGUGGCCAUCUUGUGGCAUGAAUUAUGGCAUGAAGGGCUCGAAGAAGCUUCAAGGCUUUACUUCAGCGAAGGCAAUGUAAAAGGAAUGUUUACCGCUUUGGAGCCGCUGCAUCAGAUGAUGGAGAGGGGACCACAGACUCUCAAAGAAACUUCGUUUAACCAGGCUUACGGCCGGGACCUUAUGGAAGCUCAGGAGUGGUGUAGGAAGUAUCAGCGAUCAGGAAAUGUAAAAGAUCUUACUCAGGCCUGGGAUUUGUACUACUUGGUCUUUAGAAGAAUCUCCAAACAACUACCACAGUUGACUUCUCUAGAGCUUCAGUACGUGUCUCCCAAACUGUUGAUGUGUCGGGACCUGGAGCUGGCUGUACCGGGAACCUACGAACCUCACAAACCUGUGAUACACAUCAGACAUGUUCAUGCCUCCCUUAACGUCAUUACGUCCAAACAGAGACCAAGAAAACUGUUUAUUACAGGGAGUAAUGGCUCCGAGUUCAUGUUUUUGCUGAAGGGCCACGAAGAUCUUCGGCAGGACGAAAGAGUCAUGCAACUUUUUGGUUUGGUGAACACUCUGUUGGCUGGUGAUCAAGAAACUUCCAAGAGACAUUUGGGAAUUGUGCGUUAUGCAGUCAUUCCGCUGUCAACAAACUCUGGUCUGAUUGGUUGGGUGCCUCACAGUGACACCCUGCACGCCCUCAUCCGGGACUAUCGGGAAAAGAAAAAGAUUCUCCUUAAUAUAGAACAUCGCAUCAUGUUAAGAAUGGCGCCUGAUUAUGACCAUUUGACUCUAAUGCAAAAAGUGGAGGUGUUUGAGCAUGCGCUGUCCAACACCAAUGGAGAUGACUUGGCUAAGCUGUUGUGGCUGAAAAGUCCCAGCUCAGAGGUAUGGUUUGAUCGUCGAACUAACUACACUCGAUCUCUUGCUGUUAUGUCCAUGGUGGGAUAUGUGCUGGGCCUGGGAGACAGGCAUCCAUCAAAUUUGAUGCUGAACCGCUUAAAUGGAAAGAUCGCCCAUAUCGAUUUUGGUGAUUGCUUUGAGGUGGCAAUGACCAGAGAAAAGUUUCCCGAGAAAAUCCCGUUUAGACUGACGAGAAUGUUGACGAAUGCUAUGGAGGUGACUGGUAUUGAUGGAAACUACCGAAUGACGUGUGAAAGUGUCAUGCGAGUUCUGCGGGCUCACAAGGACAGUGUCAUGGCAGUGUUGGAAGCUUUUGUUUACGAUCCCUUACUGAAUUGGAGGCUUAUGGAUUCUACGCCAAAAAUCAAACGCUCCAAGGGCAGAUCUGACACGAUGUCUGAGGGAGGGGAGGAUGUUCUCGAAGGCGUGGAGGUGAAUCCUGAACGCCCCACCAAGAAGCAGUCGACAGAACACAUGCCAUCUUACGAAGAUGAAAGCGGCCCUAAGCCAGAGGCCCUUAACAAGAAAGCUGUCGCCAUUGUUAACCGUGUGAGAGACAAAUUAACAGGAAGCGACUUCACUAGUAAUAACAACCUCGAUGUACCCACCCAAGUUGAUCUUCUGAUCAAACAAGCCACUUCACACGAGAAUCUCUGCCAGUGCUACAUAGGAUGGUGUCCAUUCUGGUGAGCAGAAAAAUACAAAUUUAUAAGGACUACCUUGGAUUCUUGCACAGAACAAAUGGCAGAUAUGAUUGUAGUUUCAAAGAAAAGCGCUUGAACGAGUAGCCGACAUCUAAAUAAUUAUUUUCCCUGACUUGUUCUCAGCUCGCCUUGGUGAAAGGGCAUCUGUGCAUGCCCUAAAAUCAAAACAUAACGCCCUUGCUAAAUAUGAAACCGUCGAAAAGAGGGUCAUUAACGGCAACCUCACUGUUAUGAUCUCCGAUUAUGUUUGAAAUGAGUGGUAUUCCUUUAAACUUUAAACGAGUCUCCUUCGCCUUUAUUUCUCAUCUUUUUUUGUGGAUUGCUGUCGCAUGCAACAGGCAUGAGGUCAGCUGAAACCUUUCCUAGAACUAUCCGAUUUCCCGACCAGACGGCGCGUUGCUCGUUUAUUUAAUUUAGUUUUUGUAAAUUGUAUUACACAAAUUUGUAAGUUUUUAUUUUGUUAGUAAAAUGUAGAGAAAGGCUUUAAACUUGCAUCGCACGCUAAUUUACUAUGAGUGACCUUAUUCAGUGCCAACUGUGUUAGAAGAUUAUGACGCUAAAAUAAAAUUUCCAAGUUACUUGCAACAA